AAAAAAUAGGACACAAUACCGUGCAUUUGAAUUCUGUCCUCACAAUCAUUACAAUAAAUCUCCAUACAUAGCACAAGAGGAUAGAGAUCUAUACAUACAGAUAGCCAUUUCACAUUUCUCAUUACAUAAAUCAAAAUUUUCUUGAGAAUGGGAAGCACAGGUGAAGCCAAGUAUGGAUCGUACACCUAUGAAAACCUCGAGAGGGAACCCUACUGGCCAACCGAAAAGCUCCGGAUUUCCAUUACUGGAGCCGGUGGAUUCAUUGCCUCACACAUUGCCAGGCGUCUGAAGAGUGAAGGUCAUUAUAUUAUUGCUUCCGACUGGAAGAAAAACGAGCACAUGACGGAGGAUAUGUUCUGUCAUGAAUUCCAUCUUGUUGACCUGAGAGUGAUGGAUAACUGUCUGAAAGUUACCCAAGGAGUUGAUCAUGUGUUCAAUCUUGCUGCGGAUAUGGGAGGGAUGGGUUUUAUUCAGUCAAAUCACUCUGUCAUCAUGUAUAACAAUACGAUGAUCAGCUUUAACAUGAUUGAGGCUGCAAGGAUCAAUGGAGUUAAGAGGUUUUUCUAUGCCUCCAGUGCUUGUAUCUAUCCUGAAUUUAAGCAGUUGGAUACCAAUGUGAGCUUGAAGGAGUCUGAUGCUUGGCCUGCCGAGCCUCAAGAUGCUUAUGGCCUGGAGAAGCUGGCAACAGAGGAACUCUGUAAACACUAUAACAAGGAUUUUGGAAUCGAAUGCCGAAUUGGACGUUUUCAUAACAUUUAUGGUCCAUUUGGGACAUGGAAAGGUGGGAGGGAGAAGGCGCCUGCUGCCUUCUGUAGGAAAGCUCUUACAUCCACGGAUAAAUUUGAAAUGUGGGGAGAUGGUCUACAAACGCGAUCUUUCACUUUUAUUGAUGAAUGCGUUGAGGGUGUUCUAAGAUUGACAAAAUCCGAUUUCCGAGAGCCUGUAAACAUUGGAAGUGAUGAGAUGGUCAGCAUGAAUGAGAUGGCUGAGAUUGUCCUGAGCUUUGAGAACAAAACGCUCCCCAUCCAUCACAUUCCCGGACCCGAGGGUGUACGUGGACGAAACUCGGACAACACUCUAAUUAAGGAAAAGCUUGGGUGGGCUCCUUCUAUGAGAUUGAAGGAUGGACUGAGAAUCACAUAUUUCUGGAUCAAGGAGCAAAUCGAGAAGGAGAAGGGUCGGGGCACUGAUACAUCUGCAUAUGGAUCGUCAAAAGUUGUGGGGACGCAAGCUCCAGUUCAACUCGGUUCUCUUCGUGCUGCUGAUGGCAAAGAAUGAAGGAGAUGAAGCCAACUGAUUCACUUUAAUGCACGAUCCAGGUUCCAUUUUUUUCUUCCACCGUGUUUUAAUGAAGUGAAACGUUGCCGUUGUCUUAUCUCUACAAUUAUGGUACAUGUAUCCUCUUUGGAAACGGAUGUUACUUCCCUUUUCCUAUUUUAUUUAGCUUUGUAUGACAUUUCCUUAUUUUGCUACAUUAUGAAAGGCUGAGGCCUCCAUGCAGGUCAUUGUAUGGGAAACAAUGUGAGAGUUUGCUGUUAAAUUCUAAUAAAUAUUGGUUUUAUUUCU